UUUUUCUUUUUUCCUUUUUCCUUUUUUGUUCCCCUUCCUGUCCUGUCCUGUCCGUCUUGAACCUGUCAUCAAUCAAUCCCGCCCGCACGCACAAUCCGCAAUCGCAUCUACUCUUCCUAUCCGUCAUUCGCCAUUCACCGCACACCCACCAACUUACCCAGCACCCACCCACCACCUUCCAGCUUCGCUUCCGCGUAUGGGGCUGGCUGUGUUUGGAUUUUUUAGAGUACCUGCCUGCCUGCCUGGCUCGUGUAUGUAUGGUAUGUAUCGACCAGCAGGCCAGCCAGGGCCCCGGAUGCCAUUUGUAGCUGGCCAUGUACCUGCUCUGUUCUGGCUGGCUGCCACGCAACUCGCAACUCUCGCCAAACCCGUUGCUCAACACAACAUGCCCUACUUUGUACCUACUAUAUGUAGAGUAUCCAUCCAUCAUCCAUACACACCACCACCACACCGGCCGGCCGGGCGUGCUUGCGUUGCGGUGGUGGUGGUUCGAACAAGGAAAAAGCGAAAAGAAGAAGAAGGGAAAAGAAAAGAAAAAUAUAAUAUAAUACUUUGUAACGACAGGAAAUAAUAAUGAUAAUGAUAAUGAUAAUCGUAC